AUGGGAUCGUUCGAUAUCAACGCCCUGGCCACAGAGGCCGGUGAGACCGUGAUCUGGCUGUCGCGCUAUGUCGCGCAGCCAUGGACAGUAUACCAGUUGCUGAUCGUCGCCGGCUGCUUCGCCCUGGCCUAUCUGCUCUCGCUGCGGAUCGAGCCGGUGCUCGAAGAACGUGCCCGGAAAAUCAAGGGCAACCCGCGCCUGCUGCGCGUCAUUUCCGCCUUCAUGCGCAGGACCGAGUGGGUGCUGUUCCUUGUUUUCGUCGCGGUCGCGCGGGAAAUCCUGCUGGCGACCACGUGGCCGAGCCGCGGCUACAUCCUCUCGCUGGCGCUGGUGCUCGGCUUCACCUGGCUGGCGGCGUCGGUUCUGACGCGGAUCAUCCGCAACCGGGUGCUGGCCCGUUUCGUGGCGUUGUGCGUCUUCCUCUAUGUCGCCACCGGCGUGCUGGGCAUGCGCGGUCCGGUCACCGAGGCGCUCGACAAUCUGGCGAUCAAUCUGGGAGACUUCCGGCUUUCAGCUCUGCUCGUCAUCCGCACGAUCGCUGUCACGGCGGUCCUGUUGUGGGCCGCGCAUCUGGCGGGACGCUUCUUCGAGAACCGGAUUUCGGCGUCCGCCGAUCUGUCGCCCUCCUUCAAGGUCCUGGCCGGCAAAACGGUGCAUAUCGCGCUGACGGUGCUUGCCGGCGUCAUCGCGCUCAACGCCGUCGGCAUCGACCUGACGGCGCUGACGAUCUUUUCAGGCGCCGUCGGCGUCGGCAUCGGAUUCGGCCUGCAGAAGGUUGUGUCCAACUUCAUUUCGGGCGUCAUCAUCCUGGUCGACAAGUCGAUCAAGCCGGGCGACACGAUCGAGCUCGGCGACACGUUCGGCUGGAUCAGGGAAUUGCGCGGACGUUUCGUUUCGGUGAUCACCCGUGACGGACGGGAAUAUCUGAUCCCGAACGAGGAUUUCAUCACGCAGCAGGUCGUCAACUGGUCGUACUCGGACAAUUUCAUCCGGCUCGAUGUCGAUUUCGGCGUCUCCUACGACAGCGAUCCGCAUGAGGUCAUCCGGAUCGCUGUCGAUGCGGCAAGCGCGGUCGACCGGGUCGUCGAGGAGAAAAAGCCGGUCUGCUGGAUGACCGCUUUCGGCGCUUCAUCGCUCGACUUCAAGCUGCGGUUCUGGAUCACCGAUCCGCAGGGCGGGCUGACCAACAUUCGCGGCGCGGUCCUGAUCGCAUUGUGGGAUGCGUUCAAGGAAGCCGGCAUCGCAAUCCCGUUCCCGCACCGCGAAAUCAUCAUGCGCACACCUGUCGAACUGGUGCGAAGCGGCGGCCCGAAGGAUUGA